GCACCUGGCCAAGACUUGGGCUGUCGUCUGUAAGUGGGGGCGAGCUAUGUCAGGCAUUUCGCUGCGUGGAGACCCGUGGGUAGCCAGGUACGGCCAGGUAUGUGUUGUAGAGUAACAAAGUUAUCUUCUAUGGUUAUGGCCGCUAAAGGCUUGUCCUAAUUAGGAAUAAAUAUGUUACGGAAAGAUAUGAAAACGUUUAUAUGACCUGACGUAGAUGUGGAAUUCAAUAAUUUUACGCUGUCUGGACAUAGAGAAAUAAACGUAGUCCGUCAAUCGUGGUUUUAAACUCAUGAUGAGGCGCGUUCAAGGGGUGUGUUGUAAUAAAUAGUUGAUAAACACAUGAUCAUGUUUUAAGUCAUAAUUAUAAGUCUACUUACUUGAUUUGAUUCCCCUAUGUCAACAACUAGUGGCAUUAAAAAAAAAACAACUCCUGAAAUCAUUUGAAUUGAUUUUAAAUAAAUCAAUUGCCAAGGGGAAGUCUUAAUUAGACGUGUCUGCUGUCAAAUUACCUACAUGACUGAGACUUUUGUUCUCAAACUACGAUUAUGAAGCGCAGACUUAGACUCGUUGACUUAGACGUUAUUAAUGUUCUUGCGCAGGCCUGCACACCAUACGGCCCGCCAGCACCCACUUUGUGGUCCGCGAGGUAACGAAAUAUUCUUUUUUUUUUUUUAAUCAUUAUCUUUCCCCACUUGUGCUAUUUAUUUAUUUAGGCAUUUUUAUAUAGCUUAAAGCUCUCAGCGCUUUACAAUGAUUAAAAACAUGUAAACUAACUACAAUAAAAAUGAGACACUAGGAUAGUAACUACCAUACUAUAGAAACAAUUAAAAUGGCUAUAAAACGAGGACACUAUUUUCUUUCGGCCCGCACAUGUUUUUCAUCAAGUUUUUCAUAUGUACCCACUAGAGAGCUCCGUUCAUCCGAUAGUGGCAACAUAUCGAUACCGUGUGUUCGCCUUGAGACUUACGGAAAGCGCUCUUUUGCAUUUGCCGGCCCAACACUUUGGAACGCCCUUCCAGUCGCUCUCAGAAACAGCCAGACACUGGAGUCCUUUAAAACCGAUUUAAAAACACAUCUAUUUCGCAAACACCUUCUGGGGUGAUGCUAUCUACCAUCUUUUUCAGUUAAUGUAUAUUGGCCUGUGUUGCUUACGGUUGAAACGGGAUGAAAGACUUUGACUGGGUAUGCUCGUAUGUAGUUUUAUAUUGUUGCGUCUGUUUUUUAAAUGUGGUACAUUUCAGAUCGUUUUUAUUUCUCUUUAUAAUAUGGUUGACUUUGUACCACGCUUCGAGGGUUUGGGGAUGAAGCGUGUUUUUUAAAUAAACUUUAUUAUUAUUAUUAUUAUUAAGUAUAACGGCCCGCACAUGUUUUUUAUCAAGUCUAACAGUUUGAGUUGUGCCGGCCUGCACUUGAGAGCAAUAGAUAAAUAGUUUUGAAAUGCUUAGCGCGCGCUCCGCCGCCGAGUCAUGGGCUAGCAAAUAUUUGUACACAUCCAACUAUUGUAAACAUUUGCCACCAUCAUUUCUCCAUCCUGAUCCAAGUCAUGACUUAGAAAAGAAAAUGGUUUAUUGGGGGUGGGGGGGCGUGUUCCCGUGUGCUCCGUAGUCCUUUUUUCGAGUCAAAUAUAUUUAGACUAAGGCAGUGCUUCUAAAAGUUGUCAUCCUCAGUCCAGAACCUAUCCAUGAGCCCUCAGUCCGGAACCUGUCCAUGAACCCUCAGUCCGGAACCUAUGCCUGAGCCCUCAGCCCAGAACCUAUCCAUGAGCCCUCAGUCCGGAACUUGUGCAUGAGCCCUCAGUCCGGAACCUGUCAGUGAGCCCUCACUCCAGAACCUAUCCAUGAGCCCUCAGUCCAGAAACUAUCCAUGGGCCUUCAGUCCGGAACCUGUCAGUGAGCCCUCAGUCCAGAACCUAUCCAUGAGUCCUCAGUCUUGAGCCCUCAGCCCAGAACCUAUCCAUGAGCCCUCAGUCCGGAACUUGUGCAUGAGCCCUCAGUCCGGAACCUGUCAGUGAGCCCUCAGUCCAGAACCUAUCCAUGAGCCCUCAGUCCAGAAACUAUCCAUGGGCCUUCAGUCCGGAACCUGUCAGUGAGCCCUCAGUCCAGAACCUAUCCACGAGUCCUCAGUCUUGAGCCCUCAGUCCAGAACCUAUCCAUGAGUCCUCAGUCUUGAGCCCUCAGUCCGGAACCUGUGCGUGAGCCCUCAGUCCAGAACCCCUCAGUCCGGAACCUGUCAGUGAGCCCUCAGUCCAGAACCUAUCCAUGAGCCCUCAGUCCAGAACCUAUCCAUGAGCCCUCAGCCCAGAACCUAUCCAUUAGCCUUUAGCCCGGAACCUGUGCGUGAGCUCUCAGUCCAGAACCCCUCAGUCCGGAACCUGUGUGUGAGCCCUCAACCUCAGUCUUGAGCCCUCAGUCCAGGACCUAUCCUUGAGUCCUCAGUCUUGAGCCCUCCGUCCGGGACCUGUGCGUGAGGCCUCAGUCCAGGACCCCUCAGUCCGGAACCUGUCAGUGAGCCCUCAGUCCAGAACCUAUCCAUGAGCCCUCAGUCCAGAACCUAUCCAUGAGCCCUCAGCCCAGAACCUAUCCAUUAGCCUUUAGUCCGGAACCUGUGCGUGAGCUCUCAGUCCAGAACCCCUCAGUCCGGAACCUGUGUGUGAGCCCUCAGUCCAGAACCUAUCCAUGAGCCCUCAGUCCAGAAAAUAUCCAUGAGCCCUCAGUCCGGAACCUGUCAGUGAGCCCUCAGUCCGGAACCUGUGCGUGAGCUCUCAGUCCAGAACCCGACCGUGAGCCCUCAGUCAGAGUGAAAUUUAGGCAAAGUGAAAUUUAGGCAAAUCGAAAAAGAAAAUAAAUUAAUAAAUUGGGGACAAGGUGCCUGCAUUUCUGAGUGUCCCACUUGUCAAAGACAUUCUACAACAGCGGUGCUCAACCUGUGGGUCGCUACCCCGUUGGGAGUAGAAUGACCCUUACACAGGAGUCGCCUAAGAUCAUCGGAAAACAUAUUUAUGAAGUAGCAAGAAUAUAAUUCUAUGGUUGGGGGUCACCAUACCAUGAGGAACUGUAUUAAAGGGUCGCGGCAUUAGGAAGGUUGAGAAGCACUGCUCUAUAAAGGUAUUUGAUGGCCCGCAAAGACGCACUGGAAUUCGUAUUGUUCACGAGUUUAUUGAUCCAGCUUAAUCAUAGUUGAAAGGUUGCUUCAUUGGAUCUUGGUGUUUAGUGGAGCAAGCAGUAAUAGGCAGUGUGAAGGUUCUUACAAAUGGUAGGCUGUCAGUGGAACGAGCCCCCACAACACAAUGGACCACACCAUUGACAUCAAUAGAACUUCAGGAGGCCGUAGGUAAAGAAUAACUAAGACCCAUUGAAUGGGCGGGCCGCACGUAACGGCCAGGGCCCUGACACUAUAUCCCCCCCCGGUCCCCUCCUCGCCAAUGGCACAGCCUGUCAUCUAACCCAGGAGUCGGCAAGCUUUUUGUGUGUUGACCCGUGUUUAGAAAUAAUCCUGUAUUAUGAUUUUUAUAUCUGCUAAGCGUGUCAUAGAUCAGGGGUAACAAAGUCCGCCUCUAGUCUAUCAGAGAUGCCGUGUGUGUGUGCCACUGUUGGCCAACCACUGCCUGGCUCAAUCCCAAAUUAACGAUUUAAUAUUAAAAUAAAAAUAUUGAGGUAUAUUCUCCACACGACGCGUACGGAACCUUCUGGUGCUUGAUUGGCAGCGUAUGCCCAAAAAUCAUAUUUUGAAUAUAUUUUCCUGACACCAGUGGUUUUGAAGCUAUAUGUUUGUGUGCCUAAUAUUUUUUUUUUUUAAUUUAAGAAAUUACCUCCCUUUCCCAACCCCACCUCUUUAAAAAAUAUUUUCUCGUAGUCCUUAUUUCUGAAUGUUAUUAUUUCUUAUGAGAACGUCCCCAAAAAAAAAAAAAACAAAAAAAAAAAAAAAAGAUUUGAGUCCGUGGUAGGUGCGUCCCUUGGGAGGUGCGUACCCUGGGAGUCACGUCCCCUUGGAGGUGAGUUCCCUGGAAGGUGCGUCCCCAGGGAGGUGCGUCCCUGGAUUUGGGAACCGCUGCCAUAUUGACGCUAGGAAGAGGAUCACAAGAUAAAGGCGUGGAACAGGAGACUAAUAUUUCACGCGGGUCUAAGAAGGAAUGAGUGUCAUAAAAUAUCAAAUCAACGAGAAAAUACUGUAGGUAUACAUUGCUUCUACACCGUGUCUCUCUGCCUGUGGUCCACACCCCUUACCCCUGUGGUCCGCCAGCUUUAGUACCAUGUCUUUCGGCGUGUGGUCAACACCCCUUUACCCUGUGGUCAACACCCCUUUACCCUGUGGUCAACACCCCUUUACCCUGUGGUCAACACCCCUUUACCCUGUGGUCAAUGUGACGUGACGUACGUUGUCUAGAGGUCUUCUUCCAUCCGUAGAAAAACUCACUGCCUUCACAAGACAAAAAUCAUACACCAUAUCCACAGCACUCGCCACUGUUCACUCCUUAAAAAACUCAUCUCACACACUCUUAUUCUCACGUGGUUCCUCCCGACACAGCACACCGGUCAUACCUUGACCGAGAAAAAUAAAAACUCGUGGGGCACACGGGGAAAAUAAACUCACCCACGAUUGGUCAAAUUAACAUUAUAGAAGUUGACACAGACAAACUCACCCGAUCUGACCGUGACAGUCAACACCCCUUUACCCUGUGGUCCGUCAGCUUUAGAACCGUGUCUCUCGGCGUGUGGUCGACCCCCCUUUACCCUGUGGUCAACACCCCUUUGCUAUCUUUGUGUUGUCCCUACAAUUUUCCAUUUUUAUUAAAUUGUUCGGGGUCGCAGGCCACUUUGAUUCUAUAAAAUGGUGUCUCAGGUCACUUUGAUUCUAUAAAAUGGUGUCUCAGGUCACUUUGAUUUUAUAAAAUGGUGUCUCAGGUCACUUUGAUUCUAUAAAAUGGUGUCUCAGGCCACUUUGAUUCUAUAAAAUGGUGUCGAAGAUCACUUUGAUAUUAUAAAAUGUGAUCGAGACCCAAAAAGUUUUUGGGACCUUGUGAUUAAAAUAAAAAAGAUAGCAUAGGCAACCAAAAACAAUUGACUUCUCUGGACGAUAGAGUUAGUAUUCUGACUUUUGCCACAGGGAUUAGAUCGAAACACAAAAAUCAAUGAAUAUAAAGAAAACGAAUACAAUAAGAUGUUUUGAUGCUUUUUGUAUAUGUUUAGUGAUAUUCAUUAUUAUUCAGUUUAACUCAAAUGAACUCUUAACAAAUGACAUUGGAAUGGCAUUAAGUCUGAUGGGACCAGGGCACGCAUGGCCGCUAUUCGGACCCGGGUCCCUUUAGACUUAAUGUUAUUCGGAUGUCAUUUGUGGUAGUUUAUUUUAGUUGAACUGAAGAAGUAAGUUUACAAACGCAUAGUCCAUUCAAUUAUCUUUCAUUUGAUACCGAAUUUUGUCUUACAAACCCAACAAUAAUAUUUUAAAUAGUUUUUAAUAAACCACAACUCUCACUUUUGAUACCCGGGUCCGAAUAGCACCAGCCAAUUACUGAUUCGAAGUUUCUUUUGAAUGGAGCUGCAUCAUCAUUUCUCUGUAAAUACGAGGCGACUUGAGUAUAUUUGCAUGUAUUGAAAUUGAAUCUUUGCAAUUAAGGUACUGGCUAUCAGGAGUUUGUUCAAAAGUCAUCUACUUUCACCAUUGAAACACAGGUGACUUACCAGAUAGUUGUACUUGUAUUUGCUAACUCAUACAGUUUUCCUCUACUUAUAUUUGCUAACUCAUACAGUUUUCCUCUACUUGUAUUUGCUAACUCAUACAGUUUUCCUCUACUUAUAUUUGCUAACUCAUACAGUUUUCCUCUACUUAUAUUUGCUAACUCAUACAGUUUUCCUCUACUUAUAUUUGCUAACUCAUACAGUUUUCCUCUACUUAUAUUUGCUAACUCAUACAGUUUUCCUCUACUUAUAUUUGCUAACGUGUACAGUUUACAUCUACUUAUAUUGGCUAACAUGCACAGUUAACCCCUUCUUAUUGAUUUCUGUAUCCAAAUUCCUGAGGUAACAUCUGCAGGUGAGAAAUAGGGCGGUGGUUCUUGCGCUAUGUGCGUUGUGUACCCCUGGAGGCAGCAUUGGUCUCAUGGUGUAAUCUCAACAUCACGUGGCAUAAAACCAUCCAAUCUACACUGGAACAAAAUGGAAUAUCAUGACUGACCAGAUAAGCUAUCAGAAUAGAUUCUGUUUGAAGGCCUGGAGUAGCCAUUAAUAUAAAACAAUUGUUAUGAUCUAUCCAGAGAAACUAGCACAAUAUCUUGUAUUAAGAGGCCGGAACUGGCGCCAUUAAUAAAAACAAAAUGUGUUUUAAUAUUCCAUACAUAAAUUAACGUCCGCUGUCAUGUUAACGAGCUUUUAGCUGUACAGCACAUCGGUGGAACACAUCAGUGGAAGACAUCGGUGGAACACAUCGGUGGGACACAUCGGUGGAACACAUCGGUGAAACACAUCGGUGGAACACAUCGCUGGGACACAUCGGUGGGACACAUCGGUGAAACACAUCGGUGAAACACAUCGGUGAAACACAUCGGUGAAACACAUCGGUGGGACACAUCGGUGGAACACAUCGGUGAAACACAUCGGUGGAACACAUCGGUGGAACACAUCGGUGGGACACAUCAGUGGAAGACAUCGGGGGAACACAUUGGUGGGACACAUCGGUGGAACACAUCGGUGGGACACAUCGGUGGAACACAUCGGUGAAACACAUCGGUGAAACACAUCGGUGGAACACAUCGGUGAAACACAUCGGUGGGGCACAUCGGUUUAACACAUCGGUGAAACACAUCGGUGGGACACUUCGGUGGACUUAUGACAUUGUUUUCAUUGAAAUAAUUGGGCAUUCACCUUGUACAAACAACAACCUGGUAUGUACAUCACGUAAGAGUAUGUGAUGUUCAAUGCGUCCAAUAUUUAGAACCGUUGCUCUGUUUUGAUGGUGUUAAUUGCCUCCCAUGUUUAGAACCGUUGCUCUGCUCUGAUGGUGUUGCAUACCACGUGGCUCACACAGACAACUCUGGUGUAUCCAGUCCGGUGGUUAGUGUGAGGACAUUUCUGUGUGCGACCAGUUUGUUAAGAGAUGUGCGUGGAGAGCUGUGCGUUAUUCAAGGGUUUGAGGUCAUCGGCCAAUAUGAUAUCUUAUAUCUGUCAUGUUUUCCAUCAAUGAAUUCGUCUCAACGGUAGACACAUGUGCCAUUCGUAAUACUUCAAUCCAACAAAUAAUUCUUUUUUUUUAAACUUUCGGCACAUCACAAAUUGAUUAACACGGCACGUGUAAGGACCCUAGGGUGUGUAUGGUGUACACAAGUCAGCAACAAAAGAGGUCCUGGAGUUAGGGGAACAAAAAGAGCCGGUGAGUAUGAGGAUUUGUGGGCCACGUUUUGGAAACGAUCUCAAAUUUUCUGGGGAGGCGACACCCUUUCACGAUGUAACUCUGCAGUUAUCCGAAAAUGCCGCCCCCUCCAUGGAAUUAAAAAUGGACGCCUGGGCGGGCCACCCCGUGUGUCCCCAUUUGCCCUUCUUUCUACGCUCCUGGCAGAGGUGUAGCUAGAGCGUUUUGCGCCAAGGGACCAUAUUCAUUUUAACGCCCCCCCCCCCCUUCAACUCUGAAACCCAUUACAUAUAUCCAUUAAUUACCCUGAAAGCCCAUUUUGACUACCCCGCUAGUCCUACGCCGCCCGGGACCAUCUAUCCCCUCUGNNNNCCCCCCCCCCCCCCCCCGAGGAAAUCGAAUUUAACAAUGGCCACUUUUUUUUAUUUAUUUGUUAACUGAGUUUGUAACUCAGAUGUUCUCAGAUUAUGUUUACGGGAAUAUCCGUAAUUUGUCACGUCGAUUUUCUCCACAAAACAACCCGACCACCAAAACAUUGGCACAUACUGCAGUUGUGAGAGUUCCGGGAAAUGCUCACCAUUACACUGUCAGAGCGGAAAGCUCCACAAAAACAACUCCAUGAGCUGCUCAUGACUGUGACUCUCAUGUGCGUGGGAUGAGCGGCUCGUGCUACAAAUAGAUUCACUAAGUGGCUUCAAAGUGGGGACCCAAACGUCAUGUGUUUAAAAAAAGCUUGCAUUGUCCUUGAAUGAACAAUUAUUUUGAAUAUAAGUGAGGGAAUUGACAAAGUUUUAUCUGGUCACUUCGGUAAGUUUGGUUUUUUUUUUGCCAAAAAAAUCCAUCGUAGCACUUGACCUUUGAACUUCCGUUUUUAUUUUCUCCAGGGAUUUUGGAAUAUUUAUUUAGCUCAGUUAUUGCCGCAAACAACCCCCCCCCCACCCCACCCCAUAAUCUUAACUAGCUCAAGUAAGAAUUUAACACCGAGAUUAACCUCACCUUCCCCGCUGUGCCCAGAGCACAUAAUCCACCACCGAAGCCAGCACAAAGUGGUCCUGGUAGUGGUAGCAGAUGUAGCAACAGUUGCCUUCUCUGUGCCCAUCACAUAGUCCUCCACCUAAGCCAGAUCAAAGUAGUUCUGGUAGUGGUAGCAGAUGUAGCAACAGUUGCCAUCUCUGUGCCCAUCAUGUAGUCCUCCACUGAAGCCAGGACAUAGUAGUCCUGGUAGUGGUAGCAGGUGGGGCAACAGUUGUCUAUGCUGUGACAGCCGUGCUAAUGUUAUUAAGGAAACGAUCUGCGAGUCUCACAUGAUCGCUCUUGGAUUUAAUCGCCAGUUGGAUCUUUGAUCUUGGCCUUUAAACGUAGAGACUUAUUCAAUUGACCCCUCUUACUGAUCAAAUAGUUUGUUUUUGUUACUAUUACUUUUUCAAAACUUUCCCCCUAUGUCCCUCCCCUUCUUCUUCUCCAAUCCCCUCCUUCUCCUCUCCUCCUCAUUUCCUACGUAUUCUCCUCUCCUUCUCUUCUCGUCCCCUUCUCCUCCUUUCCUCAACAUCUCCUUCUUUUCCAUUCCACUUCUCCUCUCCCUCUUUUCCCCUCUCCUUCUCCCCUCAUCACCAUCUCUAAUUCUUCUCCUCUCCUCCUUCUCUUCUCCCCCUUCUCUUCUCCCAUCUUCUCCUCUCCUUCUCCCCUCAUCCACUAUCUGGUUUCCUUCUUCUCUCCUCCUCUCCUUCUACCCUCCCUCUCUACUCAAUCUCCUCUCAUUCUCCUCCCCCUACCCCCUCUACUCUCCUCCUCUCUUUCUCAUAUCUUUCUCCUUCCCUUCUUCCCUCUUUCUCCCCCUCUCUCCCCCUUUCUUCUUUUCUCCCGUUUUUCUUUCUAGUAACCAACCUAUUAAACAUUAUUAAUGUCCUACUUACACACCGAUCAAUCUUCCAUUUCAACCGAACUUACCUAGACAUAAUUAUACACCAUUUUACCUUAUGGCUAUCAGUGUGAAGUUGUGUGUGAACGUUACUCAGGGCUGUCACGCGUCAGUGCACGUGGCAGUCAUACCGUCUAGUGACAUCUUCAUUUCAAAUAAGCGUACUAUGUGGCAUAGUUUAGGGCGUUGUUGAACUGGUUCUAACGUGAUCCCCAAAUAAUGCAGCACCAUGGUUCUCUUUGUAGUGUACGUUUAUACAUAAGCCACCAUACAAGGCAGUAGGGGGUGUAUGGGCCAUAAGUCUGAUCGUCCGUAAUAACCUCACCCUGACCACCAACAAUUUGACCAAAACUUGACCCGUCUGACCAACCAAAGAACGCAGCUUAAAAUAAACCAUAGGUCAAACUCGGUUCAAAAAGAGCAUCAAUUUAAGCCUUGAUCGAACAGCAAGAAUAUUUAUACAAUUUAAAAAAAAAAAAUGAUUUCAUUCAGUGAAGACGGACACAAUGAGUGAGGUUUGUACUUAAUUUCAUUAUAAAUGUGUCUAGAAAUAAGCGAUGCGAGUGUUCGCAUUUCAUUCAGUUGGAUGUAGGAAAUGUUGACAUAAUGGAAUUUGUGUACUCGGGGUAUUUGUAUUAGAAAAUCUCAAACUAAAAUGGUGCCCCUGUUCUUUGUGAUUUAAAUAAACAUUUUGUGGCUAAGUAAGGUUCAAUAAUCACAUGACAUCUCAAUUUUCAAUGACACAAUAUUUUUUCGCAGAAAAGUUCCGAUGCUAGACUUGGAUGAUAGAACUAGGUUGGACGUUCCAAUGCUAGACUUGGCAGAUAGAACUAGGUUGGACAGAUGAACUCGAUUUCAGGACCGCGCCAAGAAGGGCUGAACCAACAUACCUGACGCAGUAGCUGGAUCUGAAAGCCUCCUCUGACAACAUGGACAGGACACUGAGCCGCAGCGUGCCCCAUCUCCCACGCUACCAAUCGGCAUCGCCGGCCCGAUCUCCUCGACUGGACACCAGACGCUUCCUGUCACUGCACGGCAUUUCCCAGCCCAGCACGCACAUUAGCUACAUUGACGGCGCCCCGACCCGUGGCAUCAACAGCUACCACGUCCACCACUCCCCGUCACCAAAACGAUCCUACAACGUUCACGUGAUCUCCUCCAAAGUCAACCACCAUCUCGUCAGAACGACCACAAGUCUGUCAGCCGCCGACCUCAACUCCUCGCACCUUUAUUCCUCGCUGGAUGAUCUCAUCGUCAGAUCUAAACAGGAGAAUGAACAGCGCUGCAAGGCCGUGAGCUGCGAGGAUAUAUUCCACAAAAAACCCUUCUUCCCCGACAUAACGCCCUCAGAGAGUGGAAUUUCGGUUGGUGAGUGGGAAGAAGGGUCCAUGUACGGUGGAGAAGAAGAUAGCAUGUCGCAGCGUUCUUUCGGUAGCUCAAGCGCCUUUUUUGAUGGCACCGUGGACAGCGAGCUUGAGAAACUGGACAGCGAUAACUGCAGCGGGCAUGAGUAUUUUCGAGAUGGGGAACAAGACGACUCUCGGGGUAACAGAAGGUCUAGGAGUCGAAGGUCAAGUAACGAGGUCCCGAUCCCUGAUGGUGUGUGGAACAGCCCCUUCUCCUCUUACGGAGAGUCGAGACGGAAAGAACUCAUGUCACGCGAUUUCGAGAGAGACCCGCAACGUUUCGGAGCUUUGAAAGUCCACAUCCCAACCUCAGACCCGCCGACGAGGGCCGGGAAGGACAACCACCAAAGUCCCUACUCAAAAGUGAUAUCUUCAACCCCGCUAGCCCAGUCCACGCCUCACGUCAGUCCAAGGGGGCCGGGGGAGCACAAACUCUCUGUCAAGGCCAGUUGGAUGGCGGAUUAUCCACUGAAAGAAUCAAACAGUGAGCUGGACCCUGGACGGGGGUUGGUGGAUAUGGACCUGUCAGAUAAUGAUCUGCAAAGUUUGUGUCAUUUACAUGACUCCAGCUUUUCCGAUGACAACUUUUCCGAUAUAUCGAACGUUACGAUCACCUCUCCCGAAUUGAGGAAGCCGAAGCUGGUUAAAAAGACGUCAAGCAAGCCAAAGACGUCGGACGUCAAUGUGUCGUCCAUGCCACUCUUCGAUGAGUACAUGGACAAGGUUGACAACUGUCACAGCGUGUAUCAGACGUGUUCAGAUGGCAUGGGGAGUGAUACGAACCUGUCCACUGUUCGAAAUGAUGUCAACCAGUUGUGCCCGCCAGAUGGUAGGUCGAUAAGUGGAGACGAGUGGUGGGCGUUGUACAACAUCGGGUCGGCGAAGGAAAGGAAAGCCUUGGAGAAAUCGCGUGAACGCGCGGGCCUAGAAGAUGGCGCCCCUGUUGUGCGGGAGGAAACUGAUAGGGUGAGACUCCCUCUGAUAACCCCCGGCAAACACGGGCAGGAAAAACUGAGGAGGGCUUCUCAAACAUCGCCAAAGUCGGAUCGAUCGUCCCCUGUUCAUUCCUCCACCGUUGCUCUUCCAACUGUUGGCAGUGGUGGUGUGGGAGCUGAACACAUUGGUCAAAGUGACCGUGAAGUCAGAACAGAAUGGGAAUCAAUACAUGUCAUUGCAGAAGGAGAGUUAGCACAAGGGGAGAAAAUGUCAUGUUAUGAUGAGAAUGGGGAGAAAAUGUCAUGCUAUGAUGAGUCCUCGGAUACAGUGGGGAUGAAAAAAGCAGUCGCCCUACAAGACAGGGAACGAGAUAACGACCGUUUGACUAAGGCAACAAUGGCUGAGACGGACUUAGGGUUAAAUAUUGACUUUUCAGACGGGGAUAAGGUCAGGUCGGAGAGCGUCGUUAAGGAGUUAACACAAAGGACAAACAAACAGGGGACACGUUAUUUACUGGAAUCUGAAACAGGGGAAUUCGGCGUGGCGUAUGACGGAGAGGAGUCUGACAUAAGGGAAUUUGGCGUGGCGUAUGACGGAGAGGAGUCUGACAUAAGGGAAUUUGGCGUGGCGUAUGACGGAGAGGAGUCUGACAUAAGGGAAUUUGGCGUGGCGUGUGAUGGAGGGGAAUCUGUUGGUCACUUGAGAAAACAGUGGCCAGCCGUCGGGACAGAAAUAGAAGAAGAAAAGUCUUCUGAUUCAUUGGAUGGUUUGAUUGGUCCUCCUCCAGACUUUGGGAAUACUCACACGGCUAUUAUUACCCUGAGCGUGAUCCCCCUGGCGUCACCAUUGCAUCAUGUCAACAGUUGGACCAAUGGCGGCGCGUGUUCUGAGAGCCGGGCCGUGCAUGACGGUAUCGAUCACGUGGGUGUGAGUCACGGCGGGGACAAAGAACCGCAACUGCAACAGCGCGGCUUAACGGUUGGUCUCACGGUGAGCGCAGAAAACACCAACACGGAUGGCUUUAUUGAUUCCCGCCUCGCAGUUUGGGAAGGUGGGGAAAUCCCUCUGCUAAACUCGCGUGACAUCGCCGCUGUGGUGAAUUUCCAGUGCGCUGAUGAGACUAAAAAUAUCCACAAAGGCGGCUCGGCGCUCUCCGUUCCCGAUGAUACAAUUGCACAGUGUUUUUCAUCUGAGACACUUUCAAGGACAGAAAGUAGUUUAGACGCCAGUGACAUCAGGGACAGCGGUCGUUCUGUACCCCGUGUUUGUGAAGACCCCACUCCGGUACUGUCAACUGAAAGCGGUGUCGUAGCAGCGGCUCGUGCCAGUGUCGCGUUCUGUGUUGAUUCUAGUGAUUCGUGCGUCGAUGUCAAGGACACGUGUCACGGGAGGAUUGGGCAACAGGGCAGCCAUGGCCACCCGGUUCUCAGACCAGUUGGUGAUGAAUCAAUAAAAGAACUCGGCGGUGCAAGCAUCGGUGACGCAGUUAUUUGUCAGGCAGAAGACAGCUCACUUGAGGCUGGUGUGGUGAGUGAAGACAUUGUUUAUGACUCUAGUGUAUUGAACCAUCAAGUUGAAACCAAUCAGUGGGACAGCGGAGAGGGAAACGGCGCAGUGAGUGAUUCUAUAUGUUUGGACUCUAAAGACGUUACAUCAACAACUGUCAGUGAUGGGUUUGUCGUCAUCCCCGCCAGCACACGUGACCCUACACACCGGGCCGUGAACGCCAGUGACCCGCCUUUCUUGUCGGUAACCACGCUGACGCAAGAGACGGGCAGCGUUGUUGCCACCGCCAGUAGUGGUGACGCCACCCCGUGUCAGGCCGCACGCCGCUUCAUUGCCUCGUCAGGUGUUUCACUUGAUGGCGUGAAGACGGCGGCCAGUGACGGUACUGCACAUUGCACUGAUCCGGACUACACACGAUCGGUACCGGCUCUACCCACUACGCGCGCUGGUUCUGUUACAACUUCACAGCCAGUCAUGCAGCACAAUAACCCGUUGGAUAACUUACAUGCCCAGUUAUCGCUUAUUUCUGCAGUGGACAUAACAACGAAUGAAGCCGCGGAGUCCUAUCAGGACCACGCCGAGGCGACACACGUUGCCGGAGACGUUUAUGAAGACAGCGGAGACUACUGUUACCUGUCCGAGCCUACUGAACACAGUGGGACCUACUACUCCUACAGUAUUCAAGUCCACAGUGGGACCAAAGAGGACAGCGUCGAGGUCAGUCCCAGGGAACAGUACGACAACGAAGACGUGCCGACAACAACUGUACCAACGUACACGCCCCGCCGGCACCACCAAUACUCUCUCCUCAAGCCGAAGUCGAGCAGUCUGUGGACGCUGGAGGAGGAAACCGAAAGUAUGUUAGAUGCGCAGUCACCAAAACCAUCGCCGAAAAGAUCGCUCCCUACAGUACCAUCUGAAGAGGAGAACAGCGGCGAUGAAUGCAGUCCUCUAGAGGACGAAAUCAGUCCUCUCGGCGAUGAAUGCAGUCCUCUAGAUGACGAAAGCAGUCCUCUCGGCGAUGAAUGUAGUCCUCUCGGACAGUCACCGGAUAGCCCUGAAUCUUUAUCAAUCGACAACGGGUGCAAUUCCAACAUCGUCAUUCAAGACAAACUUCUUGAACUCCACAGUGCAACAUUCUAUACGGAUCCCAGACAAGCACACCAGGGUGAUAAGUUCGUUCAUACCAGGGAUGAGAUUCAACACGAGCACUUAUCAUUACCCAUGGAUAUACCUUCUGUUCCCCUCCACGCAGCGGACGCGACCUGGUCAAUUGGCCAGAGAAUAGGGUAUGAUCAAACAACGCCCAGUUUGUGUGGGCCCAUUCCAGUGGAUAAUUUCAGUAAUGGUGGCACAUCUCCCCUGGACGUCUUAUCCAGCAGUCUCCAACAGUUCUGGAACCACGAGUCUGUCGGCGAGGAAGAUGAUUUAUUUAUUGUUGAGGAUGAACGAGACCACAGCAGCAGCAGCCUCACCACGUCAAGACACACGAGACACGAUGGUCCCCUGAGCUGGAACGAUGACGAAGUGAGCGAGGCUUCUUCUCGCCUCCACGACUUUGACCAGGAACUCUCAGUGGUGUCCUCCAGCGUCAGCCCCUCACCGUCGGACGCCAGCGAGGGGUUGCUGUACACCUGCGUGGGCACUGCACAGGUCAAGCAUGUACUGUCCUCGUUUGAUUAUGAUAACCCGGUGAGUCGGGUGUGCACGGGACAAAUUAAUAGUGAGGAGGUAAGGGGGUCUUCAUUUACCCAAGACGUUGACACGAACAAAAUUAAUGAGGAAGAUGAGUUUGAUAAAGACAAUCAGUUUGAUAAAGAAAAUCAGAUUGAUAAAGAAGAUGAGUUUGAGAAACUUUUGGAGGAAUUCAACCAAUGCACGUCAACACUUGCAGACAUGGGAGAGGUAGUUUUUUGUGAGCUUCGAAAGGAUGGUACCGCUCUGAAGCCAACACAACAGUUGGAGAACCUCUAUAAGGCUUUCACCAACGAGGACAGUGAGAAGAAGCAGAACCACGUGUGCAUCGUCAUAGAAGACGACAACAUGAGCACCUACAGGUUGAAGAGGUAUUUGAAAAAAUCGCACACGAAGAGGACAGCGGGGAAGAAAGUUCUCCGAUUUCUCACGAGGCUCGGCUGUGUUUCAGAGACGACCUGCUCCCCUGAACUCAGUCCCAACAGAUCGCAGCGAUCCGAGCACGGCGAGCUGGUGUUCAGUGCAGACAACAUGCCGUCACAUCACACACGACUGCCGAGACCCACUGUGUUGAACUCCACCAGCUUCCAGAGCCUGCACUUACUGGCCAGGUCGGCCCACGGGCACAGCUCAACGACGUCCAGCAACCAGAGUUUGGACUCCUUGAAGUCCCGGGCGGACAGUGCUUACUCUAGCUUUUCAGAAUCCAUGUUGGGGGAGAUGAGUCCCAGGAAUCCUAGCAACGCUUUACUCUCCCCUGCCUGUCCGCUCUCCUCCACCGGCAGUGUCUUCCAGGACAGUCCUUUCAGUCCGAACCCUAGGUCACCUGACAGCGUUUACUCCAGUACAUCUAGUGACAAAACGCAUUAUCCUAGCGGGCCGUCCAGGUCAGGCGAGACCAGUGCGCUGAACAAUGAAAUGAUGACGGCCCUGUCAGAUGUGUUUGAGCAGUUGGAUGUAUGCAAUGAUGAAAUUGACACCGCCUUGCUGAAUCGUUUGAGACAUGGCCACACUAGAGCAGACAUCUGACACACUAGAGCAGACACUUGACACACUAGAGCAGGCAUCUGACACGAUAGAGCAGACAUCUGACACGAUAGAGCAGACAUCUGACACGAUAGAGCAGACAUCUGACACACUAGAGCAGACAUCUGACACACUAGAGCAGACAUCUGACACACUAGAGCAGAUAUCUGACACACUAGAGCAGACACUUGACACACUAGAGCAGACAUCUGACACGAUAGAGCAGACAUCUGACACACUAGAGCAGACAUCUGACACACUAGAGCAGAAUUCAACAGCAAGUGAUUUUUUUGUGUUUGUGAGCUAAUUCAACUUAUACAAGACGUCCCGGGGAUUACCAACUUUUAAGUGUGAAAGACAUCCACACGUCAUGAGGCUGCUUGGCAAAUCUCUUUAGUUAACACAUAAUGUAGCAACUGAUCUAUACUUUCAGAUCAACAAGGGUGUCUCUUAAUCUUAUAUGGACUACAGCUUGCUUCUGUAUGGCAUUGGCUUUUCAGUGUUGUUGUUAUGGCAUUUUUGAGAUUUGUGUCAUGAAUGUAAAGGUACUUAUCAAUGAACCUGUAUUGAAGUAAAGAUUUUAUUGUGUAACUUAUAGCAGCAUAGAUACACAUUAUGUAACAUAACAUUCUAUACCUCAGCUACCUAGACUAGAAAUUUAAACAAAAAAAGAAAUGUUCCUUCUAGUCUUUUUGCAAGUGUUUCUAAAACAUGGAGUCACUUGGCUGACCCAGUUGUGCAUGGAGUCACUUGGCUGACCCAGUUGUGCAUGGAGUCACUUGGCUGACCCAGUUGUGCAUG